AUGGACGACGAGAUUGAUUACAAGUGUAGUCUCAGUGAAGAAACACAGGCGAUUGCUUUGGAAAAUUUGCGUGAAGAUGAUAACAUAAGCAGGAACCAAACUAUCCGAGCCUGGAUACUAAAGCACCCUUCAAUAAAACGUUGUCGUACUGAUCCUUUAUUUCUGCUCCAAUUUUUAAGAACCAAGAAGUUUAGUUUGCCCAUAGGACAACCCAUGCUGGAACGCUACUUACACGCCAGACAAUUGUCCUCCGAGUGGUUUCAAAAUUUGGACAUCUAUGAUCAAGAAAUAGAAGCGCUUAUUGACAACGGAUAUAUCUUUCCAUUGCUUGAAAGGGACCAAUAUGGAAGACAAGUAAUUUUGAUUAAUACUGCUCGAGCCGAUCCAUAUAGAUUCGGGUCUAAAGAAAUAAUUAGAGCCUACAGUAUAUUAGGUGAACUAUUAAUGGACAUUGAAGAAAAUCAAGUCCGUGGUUAUACGUAUGUGCAUAUUUUGACCGGAGCAACCAUAGCUCAUGGGACUGUUUGGUCUUUGUCAGACAUGCGGAACUUUUUUAAAUGGAUGAAAAAUGUCUCACCGAUACGAAAUAAGCAAAUUAACAUCGUCAGUGUUCCAAACCAUAUCCGUAAAGUUUUGGACUUUAUAAUAAAUAAUAACGUUUGUAAGUGA